AUGGAUGCUUUUCUCUCUAGAAAGAGGCCACGGCUGAACCAGUCGGACCUUCAGCAGCAGCAGCAGCAGCAGCAGCAACAUGAAACAACACCCAACGAUGAAGAUUCAACAGACUUCAAACUGGCACUGCUCGUGUCUCUCUUCCCAAAUCUGGAACAGGAUACUUUGCUAGAUAUUCUCGUUUCCUGCGGUGGGUCUGUCGAGGCUGCUUCGUCCACAAUAUCCACACAACCUUUGGAGACGACCAUCAGGAAACGUGCUGCCCCCGGUUUAUCACCAGGGGUUCAAACAUCACUAUCAUCGCAUGUCCUGGUAACAAAAGACGGAUCACCGGUCACCAAAAGACCGCUCACAAAGAAAGGGAAAACACUGCAUCUUUUCUCUCCCGAAGACAUCGCCGCUCACACACCAUGUUCCAUAAUUCACAACUUCCUACCCGCAGAGCAGGCAAAUGCUCUCCUUGUGGAACUCCUGGAUGAGUCAAAACACUUCUCCAGAUACAAAUUCCAGCUCUUUGAUCGGACAGUUCAAAGUCCUCACUCAGCAAGUGUAUACGUUUCUACGCCCGAGGAGCAUCGCCAACAAACCGAGGAAUAUGCAUAUGGCGGCACCUACCGGUCUAAUGUGCGGCAGGUCACCCCUCACAUGCGAACUGUAGCCGCCAAAGUCCAGCGCUCCGUGAAUGAAGAGAUUCAGAAUCAUAUUCGGACCUGCUAUCCAAGAGGGAAAAAGCUCAAGUACCAAUCGCCCAAGGAAUGGAUGCCCAAUGCGGCAUUUGCAAACUGCUACGAUGGGCCUGCAGAGAGUGUCGGCUUCCACUCCGACGAAUUAACCUAUCUCGGCCCGCAUCCUGUCAUCGGCAGUCUGAGUCUGGGCGUGGAACGCGAGUUUCGAAUCCGCCGGAUAGUGGCUCAGGAUGAUGAUGAAAACGCUGGCGAUGAUGCCCAGGGUCAGAUCGCUAUUCAUCUACCACAUAACUCCCUUCUUGUUAUGCACGCGGAAAUGCAGGAGGAAUGGAAACAUGCCAUCACACCUGCUCAAGCUAUUUCCCCGCAUCCCGUGUCGGGUAACCGCCGCAUCAACAUCACCUACCGAUGGUUCAGGGAUUCCCUGCACCCGCGGAACACCCCUCGAUGUCGUUGUGGCAUGCAUACGAUACUGCGGUGUGUACAACGCAAUCGAGAAACGAGGGGUAAAUACAUGUGGAUGUGCUACGCUGGUUUCGCACCUGGAAAGAAGGGCUGUUCAUUUUUCCAAUGGGCGGACUUUGAUGAUGAUGGCGAGCCCCGCUGGGAAAAGAAGCAAACCGAAGAAGAGGUCCCUACUUUGAGUAAUUUUCUUGAAACACACUGAGAGUUGUAGAACCAAAAUCAAUUCAAAUUCGUUUUCAAACACCAUAG